GUUUUAUCUGAUUCUCCCUCGCUGCUGUCCUUAGGCAGAUUAAUAGGCGCCCGAACAGACAAAUAACAGUACUACUUCUUCUUCGCACCCUCUUGACGGGCUUUCGAGAUCGCAAAAUAUUGUUUGAAAAUUAUUAUGGGAAAAAAAGAUUGCUGAAUGAUCAGGCAGGCUGCAAUUUCUCAGGCUGGAAUAAACCGUCCCGUAGCACUCACAUGAACACAUUAGCAACUCCUACUUAAGUGCUGAUGGGACAUUUUUUAGAAUGUGAUAAGUGUGAAAUAGCCUGUGGUUUUAUCACUCUCGGGUGCUGCCCACUCCUGCUAAAAAAAGGUUGAUUGUGAUCAUUAAGUUGCAGGUUGCAGUGGCUGCCCAGUCGAUCCGUUCGCUCUGUUGCCUGGGACGAAAGAAGUGUCACAGAUCAUGGCUCCUUGGCCUGAGGUGGACAAGCCUGAAACCAAUAACUAUAUCGGGGAUUCUUCCAAACAAAACCAGAACAUGCCUGGAAAAGAAGGAGAAAAUCACAAAGGCAAUGUGACUUCACUUGGAAAUAAAGUGGAAAUUCAACCUGCAUUUUCCACAAUAGCCUUGAUAGAUGAGACAACGCCGGAAGAAGACCCAUGGGCUCUGCCAGAACUGCAGGACACUGGGGUCAAGUGGUCAGAACUGGAUAGAAAAGGAAAAAUCAUUCGUGUACUCUACGGGAUAGGAAAGUUUAUUAUCUUGCUUGGAUUACUCUACUUAUUCGUGUGCUCUCUGGAUGUACUGAGCUCUGCUUUUCAACUGGUAGGAGGUAAAGCAGCAGGGGACAUUUUUCAAGAUGAUUCAGUGCUGUCUAAUCCUGUUGCGGGACUGGUGAUAGGAGUUCUGGUGACCGUUAUGGUCCAGAGUUCCAGUACUUCUUCAUCCAUUGUGGUCAGCAUGGUGUCCUCCACACUGCUGACAGUGCAAUCAGCUAUUCCUAUCAUUAUGGGGGCAAACAUUGGCACCUCAGUUACAAACACAAUUGUGGCACUCAUGCAAGCCGGGGACAGGAAUGAAUUUAGAAGGGCCUUUGCUGGGGCAACAAUACAUGAUUUCUUCAACUGGCUUGCUGUGUUUGCGUUGUUGCCCAUUGAAGUAAUUUCUGGCUAUCUUUACCAUCUCACUAAUGUUAUAGUGGAGUCCUUUCAUCUUGAAAGUGGUGAGGAUGCCCCUGAGCUACUAAAAGUUAUCACAGACCCUUUUACAAAGCUCAUCAUUGAGCUUGAUAAAUCUGUAAUAAAUGCAAUUGCUACAAAUGACGAAUCAGCAAAAAACAAAAGCCUUGUAAAGAUUUGGUGCGUAACUGAAACCAAUGUGACACUGCAGAAUGUCACACUUUCACCUUCAGAAAACUGCACGUCUCCUGACCUUUGCUGGACUGAAGGAAACGUGACAUGGACCAUGAAAAAUGUAUCUGAAACAGAAAAUAUCAGCAAAUGCCGGCAUCUCUUUGCAGAAGCAGACCUGCCUGAUCUUGCCAUCGGUCUCAUCCUUCUGGCUUUGUCCCUGCUUGUUCUGUGCUCCUGUUUGGUGAUGAUCGUUAAGCUAUUAAACUCUGUACUUAAAGGACAAGUGGCAAGUGUUAUCAAGAAGACAAUCAACACUGAUUUCCCUUUUCCUUUUACUUGGCUAGCUGGAUACUUGGCUAUGCUUGCAGGGGCUGGUAUGACCUUUGUUGUCCAAAGUAGCUCUGUUUUCACAUCUGCAAUUACACCUCUUGUUGGCAUUGGUGUUAUAAGCAUUGAGCGCUCUUAUCCCCUCACCUUAGGAGCUAACAUUGGCACAACCACAACAGCUAUACUUGCAGCUUUAGCAAGCCCAGGGAGUACAUUAAAAUAUUCAUUACAGAUUGCCUUGUGCCACUUUUUCUUCAAUGUCUCUGGGAUAAUUCUGUUUUACCCGCUGCCUUUUACUCGGCUCCCAAUACGGAUGUGCAAGAGUUUGGGGAACAUAACAGCCAAGUACAGAUGGUUUGCUAUAUUUUAUCUUCUUGUCUGCUUCUUUCUUUUGCCUUUGUUUGUAUUUGGUCUAUCACUGGCAGGCUGGCCAGUCCUUUUGGGUGUUUGCCUUCCCUUGUUUGCUCUGUGUAUUGCUGUGAUUGUAAUUAACGUUAUGCAGAAGAAACGACCACAUUCACUGCCUGAGAAGCUCCAAAACUGGGAUUUCCUACCCAUCUGGAUGCACUCUCUAGAGCCCUGGGACAAUAUGAUUAUGUCUACACUCGCCUUCUGUGGGAAACACUGCUGCGGUUUCUGCAAGUGCUGCAAAGUCAAUGCAGAACAGGAGGGUGCCAAAGACAAUCAGCUAAAAACUAUGGAGGUUUAUGAAAACACCAUUGCAAUGGCUGAUGAAGAAAGAGGUGUAAGAAGGGCACCAGCUGCAGCUUGUGUUGAAAAAACAGGCACAAACAACACAGCCUUAUAGUAGCGGAUCAACAGAGAUACAGCAUAGGAUGGUUAGGCUCUUGAAAACCAUCUUGGACAAUGCACUGAGGAUAGAGUGAACAUUUUGUUAGGUUCCUGCAGCCAGUGAUAUAUCACUCAUCAAAGAAUGGAGUCAAACAAGCUUGACAGAGUCCCUAGAAAAUCUAUGAUCAUUUGAAAAGCUAAAGACAGAUUUGCUUUCAGAGGAUCUACUGUGUUGUACAUUCAUCCAACGCUAUCAGUAGCAAACAAAAGAAAUCCUGAUGUAGUCCCAUGAACAGAGGGAUGAAAGGAAUGUGAUCAAUUCACACUUAAUUAAAAAACAACCAACCAAACAAGGCACCUGUAGAACAGCCUUUCUGGCCUAUUGACUUAUUCAGCAGAAGUUAUUUUGAUACCCCAAAUGCUCUGGAAUUUUUUUUUUUAAAAAAAAGAAC